CGAACAUAAGACGAUUUUAUGCCGACGGGUCAAAUUUCGCAUCAAGUAUAACCAUAAACGAAAGUCAGUCUGUGACGCUACUAUGUGAUGUUGACAGCGACCCUUUAGCAAAACUAGAACUUGUAAAUAUUACGAAAGGUGAUGAGCGCUUAUUAAUGGAUGCCCACAACAACACCAUAUCCGCUCAUUUGUCCAAUGCGCGAUGUGAAUAUGAUAUGGGAGUCUAUCAAUGUAAAGGAAAGAACAUCCAUAAUGCAGUUCAACAGAUUCGCGAACUAGAGAUCAGAAUUACUUGUUCACCAAGACCAUCUCCAUUUGCCCCACCAAUUAGCACCAUAUAUAGAAGAAGAAAUUCCUCAGCUGUUUUAACUUUCACUGUCAUUGCCUUUCCAUCACCCAUUGACGCAGCAUAUGUAUGGAGUAAGCAGAUAGAUGGUGAAUGGGCAAUACUUCAUAAUAACAGCAGGUUUCGAAUUCAUAUAUCAAAGGACAGUCUCCAGACAACCCUUUUAAUAUCGCAACUACAAAUUGGCGAUUUCACAAACUAUUCGGUCCGUACUAACAAUAACUUCGGAUCCACAGAGCAAACAUUUAUCAUUCGAGCCAAUGAGCAGCCGUCUUUGCCACAGCAACUUCUUGUCGUCGACGCCUUGGUGACUGAAAGUUCUAUCGCAGUUAGAUGGAUACCUGGAUUUGAUGGGGGAGAAGACCAAUGGUUCGUGAUCGGUUAUAAAAAGGCAGCCGAUGUAACCUGGACUUACAUAAACGUAUCUUCAACAGUGACUCAACUGAGUAUUGGUGAAUUAGUUGCGGGUACCAAGUAUGAAGUUAAAAUGUAUGCAGAGAAUAUAAUUGGCAAAUCUGAUGAUACUACUGUAUUAAGUGUGACAACACAGUCUGUAUUUUCAGAUAACGGAUCCUCUCCAUCUGUUGGGGCUGCAGUAGGUGGUGCUGUAGGCGGAACUCUCGUUGCAGUCAUUUUGGCGGUGCUGUGGAAAUAUAGGAAAGCGUUUAAACGUAAACCUGGUGAAGGUGCUCUUUACGAUGACCUGUUCAAUAGACAAGCCGAUGUCCCUUCUGCAAAUACCAGUUCCGAAUAUGAAGCCUACCGAGUCGAAGCCCAGCAAACAAACCAGUACGAGACACUUGCGGAAACUUCUUUUCAUGAAUAUUCGGUUUUAUCACCUGGUGGAAAACAUGAUUAUAGUGUUAUGAACCGUGUAAAUCAAGUUACUGAAACUGAUCGUGCAAUCGUGAAUCAGGAAAACGCCUAUGUUAAUUUGUCGUUUUCAGAAACAUAAAUAGCGUUUCAUUUUGUAAUUGUUGUGAUUUCAUCCAAAAACAUUUAUAGCGCAAAAUAAAGUAUUCACACAUUGAACGUUGUUUGAGUAUACUUUUUAAUGAUCGUUAAUUGUAAGUAUGUGUAGAAUGUGGAUUGAAUUAAUACAAACAAAAGUGAAUUUAGAUUGUUUAAUGUUUUCCAUUCAUAUUGAAACAUGUAGAGUCAAAUUUAUUUGACGAUAAGCAUAUUUAAUUUUCCUAUAAGAAUGCAGCUUUUGAAUUCAACUGAUCAACGCGUUUCGUUUAUGACUUAACUACUUUAAUCUUACAAAUAGGAACAUAGACAAUAUAUUAUAGUUAAAUAAUAAGUUUACGAUUUUAAGUGUAAUAUUUAACGAAACAAGUGAACAUAACAGUAACAGAUACAACACUAUUUAAUUGCCUAAGUUAACAUGUGUAUGACGAAAAUCCGUUAAACAAUAAAAGCGUUUACCAAUUAAAGGGAUACAACUCAAAUAUAUUUUUACACUAAUGUAAUUGAUAUCGUUAUGCUAUUAUUUUCGUAAAACUAUAUGAAUAUUCACGAACGACUUAUCUAACAUGAUUUAAUAACAGUAUUUCACAGAUAUUAAAUCUAUGGUUAUUUGGAUUAAUUAAACACUAUUUAAAUCAUAUCUUAAACUUAAGAUCGUUCUUAGCACAUUAUUAAUGUACAUGUGUUUGUUACAAGUGUUAUUUAGAAUUGCUGUAAUGUGUUUUUAGUAUGUGCAUGUUUCGAGUAUAAAACAAUUGUUUUAUCGAUCAUGGAAAUAGUAUUUUUACGAGGGAGUUUUCCACUCAUUGAAAUGAGCAGUUUCUAUCUAUUCACUACAGAUAAAAAAGUAAAACAAAAUCAAACGUUCAAUGUUCAGCUGGUGUUUGGAAACUAUUCAAGCAUCAGUGACAAUUUGACGACGAAAACAUAUAAAAUAUGAAAACAUGUUAAAAUAAAAAUGCUGUUCAAAACGUAUUGUGUUCAUUCUAUGUGCAGUAUUUGUUUUGCAUUUUGUUUGUAUGUAAUUAUUGAAAAAUGGUAUAAUGACUAAGUGUUCAAUCAUCUUUUUAACUCUUUGUCUUUAUGAACAUGCAAGUAUGUCAACACCACCAGCAUUAUGCUACUCGAUCAAGUCGUCCUGAAAUCUCAUGGCCAAUCACUUCAAACUUUGAUUGAAUAAUAUAAGACACCAAAACCAUUAUUUCGAUCAUUGGUCGAUCCUCGACCUCGUGCUGGAAUUGUUAUAUGAAAAACGCUGAAUAUGUAAUUUUCCUUUGGUGACAUUGAACCUUUCAAAUGUGUUAACCACGGUUUAGUGCCAGAGUGUGGCUCUCAUAUUCAGCACUUUUAAGUGUGUUAUGUUAAUAGUUUUAUGUUUUCAAAACGCAACUUUUGUAUAAACAGAAUAAAUAAAUAGUUAUGUAUCUCACUUUACAUGUUACGUUUGUCAAACUAAAAUUAUAAAUGCUGCAUAUUAAGAUUACCAAAAAAGUUGCAGCUGCACCAUCAAAUCAGUUUUAACUCUGAGCUUAGUGUGAGGUUUAGGAUCCCUUCAAUCGGUUAAACCUAAAACUGUAAUACUGUUUUUAUGUUAAUUGUCGUAUGGUAUGUAUUUUCAUGAAUUUUAUGAACACUUUGUUAUAUGUUUUAAAUAAAGACCAUUUCUUGUU